AUUGGGUAUAAUUCGCGUAAGGCUGAGACUUAAUGGAACGCGGCAGUCACAUAACAAACUUUCGGAAAAACCACCCACAUGUGUGUACAUAUAUGUAUACACGAACAAGCGUAGAUAAUUUUCUGGCCGAAGGAUUCAGUUGUGGACAUGAACGAGGCGUUGUGACGGAGCCCCUAGGUUUCCAUCAGUUUGAUCCUAUCAAAAGUUGCCUUACUUUGGAAAGUACAUCCUUUUUAGAAAGAGACCCAAGCUAUUCGGAUUUGAGCUCGGCUUUUCGAACAUUCCAGUCAAGGAACCGAACGAAAUUAUCUUCAAAAAUCUUCCCAUCCGAGUGAUUUGUGCAAUCGUGCUUCGGAUAAAUUUGUUUCGAGAUGCAAAAAGUGAAACGAAGUCUCUUUACUGAAAUGUAGCUUAAAGGUCAUACAGAAUUUGGAUGCACGAUAACGAAACACAAGAGGAAUCUUGAAAGGAAUGGAGUCCAUAAGUGAAAUAAUUGACCACCAGACUUUUAGCCAGGAUCUGGUUGAAGAUGCAACAGAUUUCAUCACUGUGGGACACCACUCGGAGCGUCAGUCUCAGUCGCACCACCAACACCAGGAGGGAGGAACCGAUUCCGGCGAGGACUUGGCGAUUUCGCUGCAAACUAUGACCGCCUGCCCAAGAUCGGACGGAUCUAGUGGAGGGAAAAAACACCGGUCUGGCCCUGGCUCUCGAUCUGGAUCCGGAUUGGUUUCGGGGUCGGGAUCUGAUUCCGUUGUCAUGGUGAUCGACUCGAUGGGCCACAGCAAUAGGCAGACAUCCUUUCAAAUUGUGUCCCAGCAGCUUCAGCCCAGAACAAUGGCAUUGCCCUUCGGGCUGCUCCAGCCGGAUAGGCACAACACGCAGCAAUGCCCGGAGCGUAUGGUGAGUAGCAGCCCAGUGGACUUUGUAGCGUCCGACAUCAGCUUGGACGGUUUGACAGUGGAUUCGAUGUCCCAGUCGGUUCUCUCCCAAGAGAUGGCGAUAAAGCAGGAACAGAAGCUACUUAUUGCCCAAUCGAAGAGCCUGGAUCAAGGUCAUAAGCGCAUUCGAAUGCACGUAGAUGUGGCGAGUGUAAAUGCAGGUCUUGGCGUGGACGUGGACGAAAUGGAUGACAUUUCCUCCGACGACGUUGGCUGCGACGACGAGGGGAUAACGCUGAAUCAGCAUCACCAGCAGCUCUUGGAACAGCAGCAGCAAUACGGCCUAACGAGCCACCAUCCGCACCACCAAGCUCAAGCUCAGGCGCUUCAUGGCCUACACCACAGGUCAGCUCAGCUGGAAAUGGGAUUGGAGGCGGUGCACGGUGAGGUUCUGUCAGUCAUCGUCCACUCGCAGGACAGCGACAAAGAGGUGGACGGCGAAGGAGAUGCCGAUGGAGAGGGAGACGGAGAUCCGGAGGAUGAAGACGACGAUGAUCGGGACUCGCGCAGUCGAGGGCAGCUGCUCAGCCACAGCUCGUAUCAGACGCUGACCUCGGUGAAUGAUCGACUAUCACCGCCUGGGUUCAGUCAGACAUCAUAUGCCACCCUGACCCCUAUUCAACCACUUCCGCCUAUAUCGACAAUGUCCGAAAAGUUCGCGUACUCCGGCCACAUCUCUGGAGGAGAUAGCGGCGACGCGGAUGUCAAUGGUGGAGAAGGAGGUGGAGGAGUGGUCGAGGGUGGUGAGGUCACUAACCAAUCUGCCGAGGCUGCUGGGACGGGUUCAAUUUCCAGUGGCAAUGUGGCGUCCUCCGGAUGCAACAACAACGAUUGUAGCUCAUUCUCUGCCCUUACCAUGCCCAUGGGAAGUGGGCACUUAGGCUUGGGCGUGUUGAGCGGCGUCCAAUCACCAUAUUCCUCAUAUGAAAAGCUAUCGUCGAUGAUUUCACCUCCACCCAAUAACUACUUGGUCUCGUGCGAUCUGCAUGCCUCGGUUUCGGGACGUGUGUCUAACUCAUCUCAACUGCAGCUAAACCACAACGGGCACAAAAAAGAAUCAGCAAUAUCUCACGGGCACCCCCAUGGUCAUGCCGAUGUCAAUGGGGGGAAGUUUGCCUACUCUGGCCACAUGUCUGGAGGAGAAAGCGCAGAUACCGAUGUCAACGGCGAGAAGUUUUCAUACUCUGAUCACAUCUCUGGAGGAGACAGCGGAGACGCAGAUGUCAAUGGAGAGAAAUUCGUUUACUCCGAUCACAUCUCUGGAGCAGAUAGCGGUCCCGGUGUCAACGGAGGAACGAAUUGGCUUCAAAUGCACCCUGAGCGGGAGGUGCGACUUCAUAUGCCGGUUGACCUGGAGGCUCGGUUCCACAUUCCGCUAGAGCGCAGAUCUCGACUUAACAUGCCGCCUGAGCGGGGACACUUGAACCGGCAACUUCCUACGGCCACUCCGAUCUGCCCUCCGGACUGGAAGUCAGAUGAUUGGAAGCACGGCAACGGUAGCAUUGUUAGUCUGUCCGCCGAUCUGCCAGUGGUCGUGUCUCUCACUCCAACCCCCCCUCCCGUAACAGACGAUUCAUCCGGACUCAAACUGAAUGAGCGACUGUCCCCAGGGCAGAGACCCCAGUUUUUCCUGGACAAAGACCAAGAGACGAGCACCGUGACAGCAGAACAGUGUAGUCCGAACAUCCACGGUACCCCUCACUCAGUGUGUGCCAUCCACCAGCAGCCCCAAUCAGCUCUCCUAAACGGCUUUCAAGGUGCCAGCCAGCAGACCAAAAUUUCGGUCUCUGCCUCGCCAAAAGCGUCAGUAGCCUCUGGGGGAGGUGGAUCGAGCCGCAAUGGAAACACCAGUGACAUGGAGGAAAUCAACACGAAGGAUCUGGCUCAGCGCAUCUCAGCUGAACUCAAGCGGUACAGCAUUCCACAGGCGAUCUUCGCACAACGUGUUCUAUGUCGUUCGCAAGGUACUUUGUCUGAUCUGCUGCGCAAUCCAAAGCCGUGGUCCAAGCUUAAGUCCGGCCGGGAGACAUUCCGAAGAAUGUACAAGUGGCUACAGGAGCCCGAGUUUCAGCGCAUGUCUGCUCUACGAAUGGCCGCUGCCCAAAUUCCUCAGCGAGCGGUUUUGGGGUCUGGAAUGACACUUGGACCAGCAACGGGAUCCACAUCCACCAUACCGACCGAUUUGGACUCUCAUGUUGGGCCAACAUUGACACCAAAUGCUCCGCCCAAUGAAUCGGUUUCUUCGUCUGCAUCUACACCCGUCACGAUCGUGUCCGCUACCAACAUCGUUAGUUGUCGUCGAAAGGAAGAGCCUCAGAUCGAGCAAAUGCCUCAGCCAAAAAAACCGCGGCUGGUCUUCACCGAUCUUCAGAGACGAACAUUACAAGCGAUUUUCAAAGAGACCAAAAGACCUUCGAAGGAGAUGCAAGUAACGAUCGCGCGGCAGCUCGGACUAGAGCCAACAACAGUGGGUAAUUUCUUUAUGAACGCCCGUAGGAGGUCGAUGGACAAGUGGCGGGACGAUGACUCUAAGAACAGCAUGCAUUUAUCGCAUAGCCGCCAACAACAACAGGACGAGCAGGAAGAGGACGAGAGCCACAGUCAAAGUCAGAGUCAAAAUCAGAGCCACAAUCACAAUCAUAAUCCGGCUAGCCUAACGCAGGAAAACUACUCCAGUCUCCAUACAACAGCCAUGUCGCCUCUUGGAGCCUUUGAUGAAGAAGCUGAUAUGGACUUAGAGUUGGAAAGUCACGACUUCGAUUUGGUGGACCCAGAUGACCACGGAGAUACCAAUGAUCCGAACGGGGACAUGUUGUGACAGCAUAUCCGAAGCAGACGUCGAACGAGCAACAAGCCCAAAGUAUUGAGUCCAAAGUCAUUUACAAAGUGUGUCAGCACUCGUCACACCAACCGCACCCGCACUCUGUCUCGAACGCACACGGUUCCUUCAAUGAGAGCAAGGGAAGUCGAAUGUCGUCGCACUUCGAAAGGCAACGACGAAGAUAAUAAUGGUAGCAAUAGCGAGGGUAGCUAUGAUGACGACCGGGAUGAGGGACUGUCGGACCAUUUGGCUAAGAUCAGACGGCUUUCAGAUGAGAAGAUUACAAUGAAGCAAAGCUUUCGCCCAGACGUACACGGGCAGGAGGCCAAUUUCUUUAUAGAUGAUAUGGGCGUCUCCAAUUGCUUUGAUGACCUAAAGGUAAUGAUAGUCUGCUGAGCACAAAACAGUGUGAAACAUUUCUGCGUCCGUUCUUUAAUAAUUUGACUGCUCACUGAUAGUUAAAUCAACAGAUUAGUAAGUGUAUCUUUUGUAGACAGAAACAAUUGUAAAUUUACGAGUUUACCAUGAUUGCAAUUCUAAAUAGUAUUCGGGUCCGUCUUUCUGUUUCCAACCAAAAUUGUUGGAGUUGUGAGGUAUGUCAUCACAAAUUGCAUCCUGUUGCAAUUGUACGAUUUGCUAUUACAGUUGAUGUUAUAAAAGUAUUUUUUAAGGGCACUUAUAAAAGGUUUAACUGAUUUCAUCAUGGAAAUCGCCAGAAACGAACUAUCUAAACAUCCUUGUAUUUCUUAAAAUGGGAUAUCCAGAUGCAUAUAGUAAAUAGACUCCAUUGGGUAACGGCAUAUAAAAGGAUAUAUUGUGUUUUAUCCGAUUUGCUUGGGACUUUUCUCCUAUUAAAACGGCUGAAGUACAUUAAUUUUAGAGCUGAAUAGGGCUUGCUUGUUUUCCGUGUUUCUUAGUUUUGUUACAGCUAUUAGUUUGUAGUAGCAAUAAUCAUUUGUUAUAUCCCUGGGGGAGCUGUACUUUUGUAUGAAUCCAUCAAUAAAUCAAUGUUGGCAAUUUCAUAGGCUGGUUUAAUUUGUGAAGAAGACUAACCAAAUGAAACGUGCGAAAAGAAGGGUUCUUACAGCAGCGCCCAGAUCUGCUCUUUUUUUCAUAAUCCCUUGCCUUCAAAAAGCGGUUAGCUGUCGAUUAAGUGCAGUAUAUAUAAUUUUCAAUGAUUUCCGGUUUUGUGCUUAUACCGAUCGCAGCCAGUCAGUUAAACUUUAAGGAAUCGUCAGAUAUCAUACGUACCUAUAUGUUUAAUUAAUACUACUUUUAACUCUUAAAAGGAUUGCAAUUGGCCUUAGGCAAAUGGACUAGGUGUCCUUGGUAAAGCAGAAAUUUGUAUGUAUGUAGAUAUAUUAGAUUGAAUAAAAUUUAUGAUAUGUAAAUGGAAACACCCAAUUAUAAAAAACAUUAAUGAUAAUAUUAAAAUAACUGUAUCUAGUCAAAUUUAUAAGAUAAAACGAAAAUAAUUUACACAGCGUAUGCAAAUAUUAAAAUGUAUCAUUAUUUAUUUCACAACCACAUUCUAGCAUACUCAUCCGCAUUUGAAAAUAUUAAAAUGUACCUUUGCAUUAAUCUUUAAAAAGAAAACAAAAUAACGGCCAAAUAUAAUUUUUUAUGUGAAUAUAUCGGAAGGAAGCGGCUUAAAAUCUUGAAUAUUAAAUACAUUAUAAAUCGGGUUAUUAAUAUAAGAAACUGUAAAUAAAUAAAUUAUUCAAAAAACCCUUCCAGUUAAGUUUGAACGCAGAUAUUCCAAUAAGAACCCGCUUACUUCAUGGAAGAAACUACAAAUUUUGAUUCACCUUUAAACGAUUCCAAAUGUUUAAAAAAUACUCAAAAGGCAUUAAAGAAGGCACUAUGUUAAUAUCUGUAGGAUAUAUUAUGCAAUAAGAAUACGCCUCUUGAUGUAUGCUAGUCAAUUUAGUUUAAAUAAAAUUCAGCAACUUACUGCGAAUGAGGGGUGGGCAUGUUUAGGCACAUUCAUAAUUUAAGUAUUUAUGUAAAAAUCAAACAAUGCAAUAAUAAAUUAAUGGCAAACCUAA